GUGGCUCAUUUUGCCCCUCCCCUCCCCAAGCAGCAUCCCGCGCUGUCUUUUGGCUUGAUACAUAGGGCCCUACAUCCCGGUGUCACACCUUCCACCCGAGACUUCCUUGGAAGGCUAAUACGCGUAACACCUGCAUGGCGCCUCUGUGCCCCGCAUACGCGAAAGUGCCCUCGGGUGAUCUGAUCUCCGUGGAGUGGUUGAACAGCGUUCUUCUGCAGAAGCAGCAGCAGCAGCACAAUAGUGGGUCUACACAAGCAACAAUCACCCGCUUCAAGGUCGACGAGGGAUCCACCAUUAAAGGCAGACACUCCGUGACGUUCAGGCUCCUAUUGGACUGGUCCUCUUCUCGCGUAGAGGCUGCCGACGAUGGGAACGCGACGGGCCGUGGACGCGUAUGCAGCGGUCCGUGGGCAUCAGUCUUCGUGAAGCGCAUGACAUGUCGCGAGCUUCCUGCUCGAUCUUUGACCAAGUGGAGGACUAGCAUCGCCUCGUACCGCGCGGAAGCGACGUUCUUCGAGACCGUCGCCGGCUACGCGGCGCUCGACGCCAUCGUCCCGCACGCCUUCUGGGUGCACGUCGACGACCGCCUCGGGGGGGGUGAGGAGACCGGCACUGCCGCCGCCGCCGGCACCGGGGGCACGGAGGCGGAUGCUACUAUCGUGGAAGCGCUGCGAGAGUCUUGCUUCAUGAUGAUCACCGAGGAUCUUGGGACGGUAUCCCAUCCCGGAUGCGGCGAGAAUGACCGAGAGGCGGACGCGGAAAGCCGUGGGCCGAAGAAGGCAGACUGGGAACAGGUUGGAGCAUUGGACCCCGGACGGGCGAAGGCCGUCCUCUCCGCCGCUGCCCACCUGCACGCCUCCUUCUGGCCAGAACCCCCGCCGGCGGCAGGGGGUUGGGAACCCCGUGGUCACUGCCAGCCGCAGAGCCCCCAGCGCCAGGAGGACCACGGGCGGGAGCAGCAGCGACACCCGGACCUGGGUUCCGGCCACCACCAUUGCGACGGCGAAUGGCGGUACGCUCGGGGGCUCCACAAGCAGGGCACGUUCUGGUCCCUCGAGAAGAGGGACGCGGGAGACCUCGCGGGGCUGGAAGAGGAGUACAGGAAACUUAUGAGAAAUUUCCGCCCGCUGCUGCCCGCGGCGUGGUUCGAGGCUCCGCAACAAGGGGGAGACGCAGUCGGGGAUGCUGCCCGGCGUCCCGAACUGUGCGCCGAGGGAGAUGAGCGACAUCUUGGUCGCCGUUUGGCGGCGCGAGCGUUGAGCCUCGACGCGGCCGUGCAUGCGAACGGAGAUGGUGUUUUGGCAUCCUCAGGCGGUGGAAAGAGGGGCAGGAGCCUAGUCCAUGGGGAUUUGAAGACCUGGAAUGUUUUCUUCAAGACGGCAGGCUGGGCAGAGCCCGGAGGGCAAGGGGAAGGUGCCGCAGCUAGAGGCGAUGGCGGAGGUGAUGCUAAAGGGCCGGCUGCUGCUGCCAGAAGAAACGUGAAGAUCAUUGAUUGGCAGUGGUGCGGGGAAGGGCUAGCAGCAGCGGACGCCGCUUACGUUAUCUGCACUAGCCUGGAACCAUCGCUCUUGUCGAGGGAGCGAGAACUGCUCGACCACUACCACGCCGAGUUAUCCCGAGGCUUAGAGGCGCGCUUCGGCAAGCCGCCGGCACCGGAGGGGGGGGGAGAUAGCGAUGGCGCCUGGUAUCCGUCGGGGCAAUUCGCGGACGACUAUCGUGUGGCGUUUCUAGACUACAUGAGGUGCGUGGUCAGCACACUGUGGAAAGGGCUGACGCCAGAGAAGAUGGACAGAAAUCGCUCCUCGGGACCCGGUAUGAGCCUGAUCAACCGCUCCCCUCGACACAUGCAGUGGAUGAUCGAGAGAGCAACAAGGCUCUUGGACGAGCUCGACAGCCUUGAGAAAGAGAAGUAGCGGCGCGACUCUGUGCAUGUUGGGCCCCGACAGCGCUGGCGUCGAUGCUAUACUUUGCGAUAAAGACCUACGAUACAAUGUCGCGCUAGACUUCUCGAGAACCCGUCGUGGUACUGACUGGACAUGUUGCCGUGGUAUCUUUCGUGUUCUGCGGUUUGUUGCACAAAGGAGUCGUGCUUGUUAUGUGGUAGCAUUUCUGGCAUUCCUUCGGGGCGUGAACAUUGACCGCGGUCGCGCCUUCCCGUGAGACAUCCGCGACCCCAUUUUUUCGAGGAGAAAGUCUGAGGUUAAGGUGUCUCAAACCAGCGCACUAUUUUGCGCAACCCUUGAGUUACUUGAUCGUGUUGGUUUGACUUGCCAACAGUCUACUGUACGUAUAAAAGUGUCAGUAUUGGGUUGGGUUUAGGUUGUUGUGUUUCGAGGUCCUCGAAGCCUCGCGACAAUCUUUACCCUGGUGUUGUUAACUGCGGUGCAGGGGUUUUACUGCUGUACGAGUGCUUUGAUGCUCAAGCGUUUUGUUGUAUCUUUUAACACCCGUUGACGAAAAGCCAGACCGACAAAGUAAAGGUUGGUGAUCGUCUCAUACUACAGUUAGGUGCGGAGAGAUGGCACCAGAGUAAGUGACACGUACUUGUUUCGAUUUCCGCACACGGGUCAAUGCGAUCGCGCCCCACGUACCAUUUAGUCAUUCAACAUUGAGGGUUUCGCAAGGGUCACUUCGUGAAUGUUUGUGAGGAACACUC